CUGACCAGCCGAAGAGAACUAAGCCGAAGUCAUUAGAGAAUUUCCCUUGAAUAAUUCAUUCUUAGCUCUUUGGGUUCAAAUUAGAAUAGUGAGAACUGAGAAGAAAGGCUUCGGGGCAUAUUCAAACUUUUUCUGAAAUCGAAUUCAGCCACUCGCUAGUUUAGUUGAUCAGUUUUUCUUGUCUAAAUCUCAAACUAGAGGGUCUGCUCCACCUGAUUCACGAGGGACGGAGCCCAACUGCCGACUGCCCGAACCCGACGAACCCCAUCCCGACUGACUACAUUCCCCGGCGUCCAGGAUUCCCGGUAUGCUCAGAAAGUUUCAGAAGUAUAAUAUUACCACUAUACAACUUGCCCAAAGAGCAAUCUUUUGGCGGAGAUUACAUAAUGGCCCAGACACUAUAGAAGAGAUGCUUGACCGGCAUUUGGUGAAAGAGAAACCAUCAUACAAUGAUGAUGAAAAUGAGCUCUUAACUCGGCAACGACUCACCAGCACACGACGUGAGGCAUUGGGUCUUUACAGAGAUAUACUUCGUGCAACACGGUUCUUCAUGUGGCCUGACUCCAAAGGGGUGUUGUGGCGAGAUAUCCUAAGAGAAAAUGCUCGUAAAGAAUUUGAAGACGCUCGGUUUGAGAAGGAUCCUGAAGUAAUUACUCGGUUGUUGAUUGGUGGUGGAGAUGCUGUUCAAGCUGCUCUUGACAAGGUUGCUGAGAAACAGAGAGAACAGAUAGAGAAGGAACAAAGUGGCACAAGUUAAUGAUGAACUCUGACUGUACGGAAGCUGAAUUGUGUACUGUGUUAUAUUCUUGUAUUAACUGGUAUAAGCUGCCAUGAUUGCAGAAUUGUGCAUACUGUCUUUGGUGGACUGGUGUCUGGGAUUUGUGUCCAACAGUUAAAAAUCUUCAUCCCGUUUUGAUGUCGACAUCUUAUUAGUCAUCGGUUUUAGAUUGGUUCUUUUUGGAUUUUGCUUUUGUUCUUUCUUUCUUAGCCCUAUUGUAAAUAAAUAAAUAAAUAAAUAAAAAACAGAAUCAUGUUAUGAAAUAUUA